AUGAACCCCACUAAAAAACCACGGUUAUCACCAAUGCAGCCCUCUGUUUUUGAAAUACUCAACGACCCUGAGCUUUAUAGUCAGCACUGUCAUAGCCUUAGGGAAACACUUCUUGAUCAUUUCAACCAUCAAGCUACACUUAUCGACACUUAUGAACAUGAACUAGAAAAAUCCAAAAAUGCCAACAAAGCGUUCCAACAAGCACUUAGUGAAAUAGGUACAGUUGUUAUAUCUGUUGCCAUGGGAGACUUGUCCAAAAAAGUUGAGAUUCACACAGUAGAAAAUGACCCUGAGAUUUUAAAAGUCAAAAUCACCAUCAACACCAUGAUGGAUCAAUUACAGACAUUUGCUAAUGAGGUUACAAAAGUCGCCACCGAAGUCGCAAAUGGUGAACUAGGUGGACAAGCGAAAAAUGAUGGAUCUGUUGGUAUUUGGAGAUCACUUACAGACAAUGUUAAUAUUAUGGCUCUUAAUUUAACUAACCAAGUGCGAGAAAUUGCUGAUGUCACACGUGCUGUUGCCAAGGGGGACUUGUCACGUAAAAUUAAUGUACACGCCCAGGGUGAAAUCCUUCAACUUCAACGUACAAUAAACACCAUGGUGGAUCAGUUACGAACGUUUGCAUUCGAAGUAUCUAAAGUUGCUAGAGAUGUUGGUGUGCUUGGUAUAUUAGGAGGACAAGCGUUGAUUGAAAAUGUUGAAGGUAUUUGGGAAGAGUUGACUGAUAAUGUCAAUGCUAUGGCUCUUAAUUUGACUACACAAGUGAGAAAUAUUGCCAAUGUCACCACUGCCGUUGCCAAGGGGGAUUUGUCGAAAAAAGUCACUGCUGAUUGUAAGGGAGAAAUUCUUGAUUUGAAACUUACUAUUAAUCAAAUGGUGGACCGAUUACAGAAUUUUGCUCUUGCGGUGACGACAUUGUCGAGAGAGGUUGGUACUUUGGGUAUUUUGGGUGGACAAGCUAACGUACAGGAUGUUGAAGGUGCUUGGAAACAGGUUACAGAAAAUGUCAACCUAAUGGCUACUAAUUUAACUAACCAAGUGAGAUCUAUUGCUACAGUUACUACUGCAGUUGCGCAUGGUGAUUUGUCGCAAAAGAUUGAUGUUCAUGCCCAGGGAGAGAUUUUACAAUUGAAAAAUACAAUCAACAAGAUGGUGGACUCUUUGCAGUUGUUUGCAUCAGAAGUGUCGAAAGUGGCACAAGAUGUUGGUAUUAAUGGAAAAUUAGGUAUUCAAGCACAAGUUAGUGAUGUUGAUGGAUUAUGGAAGGAAAUUACGUCUAAUGUAAAUACCAUGGCUUCAAAUUUAACUUCGCAAGUGAGAGCUUUUGCACAGAUUACUGCUGCUGCUACUGAUGGGGAUUUCACUAGAUUUAUUACUGUUGAAGCACUGGGAGAGAUGGAUGCGUUGAAAACAAAGAUUAAUCAAAUGGUGUUUAACUUAAGGGAAUCGCUUCAAAGGAAUACUGCGGCUAGAGAAGCUGCUGAGUUGGCCAAUAGUGCGAAAUCCGAGUUUUUAGCAAACAUGUCGCAUGAGAUUAGAACACCAUUGAAUGGGAUUAUUGGUAUGACUCAGUUGUCGCUUGAUACAGAGUUGACACAGUACCAACGAGAGAUGUUGUCGAUUGUGCAUAACUUGGCAAAUUCCUUGUUGACCAUUAUAGACGAUAUAUUGGAUAUUUCUAAGAUUGAGGCGAAUAGAAUGACGGUGGAACAGAUUGAUUUUUCAUUAAGAGGGACAGUGUUUGGUGCAUUGAAAACGUUAGCCGUCAAAGCUAUUGAAAAAAACCUAGACUUGACCUAUCAAUGUGAUUCAUCGUUUCCAGAUAAUCUUAUUGGAGAUAGUUUUAGAUUACGACAAGUUAUUCUUAACUUGGCUGGUAAUGCUAUUAAGUUUACUAAAGAGGGGAAAGUUAGUGUUAGUGUGAAAAAGUCUGAUAAAAUGGUGUUAGAUAGUAAGUUGUUGUUAGAGGUUUGUGUUAGCGACACGGGAAUAGGUAUAGAGAAAGACAAAUUGGGAUUGAUUUUCGAUACCUUCUGUCAAGCUGAUGGUUCUACUACAAGAAAGUUUGGUGGUACAGGUUUAGGGUUGUCAAUUUCCAAACAGUUGAUACAUUUAAUGGGUGGAGAGAUAUGGGUUACCUCGGAGUAUGGAUCCGGGUCAAACUUUUAUUUUACGGUGUGCGUGUCGCCAUCUAAUAUUAGAUAUACUCGACAAACCGAACAAUUGUUACCAUUUAGUUCCCAUUAUGUGUUAUUUGUAUCGACUGAGCAUACUCAAGAAGAACUUGAUGUGUUGAGAGAUGGAAUUAUAGAACUUGGAUUGAUACCUAUAAUUGUGAGAAAUAUUGAAGAUGCAACAUUGACUGAGCCGGUGAAAUAUGAUAUAAUUAUGAUUGAUUCGAUAGAGAUUGCCAAAAAGUUGAGGUUGUUAUCAGAGGUUAAAUAUAUUCCGUUGGUUUUGGUCCAUCAUUCUAUUCCACAGUUGAAUAUGAGAGUAUGUAUUGAUUUGGGGAUAUCUUCCUAUGCAAAUACGCCAUGUUCGAUCACGGACUUGGCCAGUGCGAUUAUACCAGCGUUGGAGUCGAGAUCUAUAUCACAGAACUCAGACGAGUCGGUGAGGUACAAAAUAUUACUAGCAGAGGACAACCUCGUCAAUCAGAAACUUGCAGUUAGGAUAUUAGAAAAGCAAGGGCAUCUGGUGGAAGUAGUUGAGAACGGACUCGAGGCGUACGAAGCGAUUAAGAGGAAUAAAUAUGAUGUGGUGUUGAUGGAUGUGCAAAUGCCUGUAAUGGGUGGGUUUGAAGCUACGGAGAAGAUUCGACAAUGGGAGAAAAAGUCUAACCCAAUUGACUCGUUGACGUUUAGGACUCCAAUUAUUGCCCUCACUGCACACGCCAUGUUAGGUGAUAGAGAAAAGUCAUUGGCCAAGGGGAUGGACGAUUAUGUGAGUAAGCCAUUGAAGCCGAAAUUGUUAAUGCAGACGAUAAACAAGUGUAUUCAUAAUAUUAACCAGUUGAAAGAAUUGUCGAGAAAUAGUAGAGGUAGCGAUUUUGCAAAGAAGAUGACCCGAAACACACCUGGAAGCACGACCCGUCAGGGGAGUGAUGAGGGGAGUGUAGAGGACAUGAUUGGGGACACUCCCCGUCAAGGGAGUGUUGAGGGAGGGGGUACAAGUAGUAGACCAGUACAGAGAAGGUCUGCCACAGAGGGGUCGAUCACUACAAUUAGUGAACAAAUCGACCGUUAG